AUGAGGGUCUUCAGUUUCGCCAUAAAUCUUGCCCGGUUUCUUUGGGCCAACGUCAAAUCAGUUUGCCGUGCUGCAAAGAGUGUUAUGUGGAUGCUGCUCCCAUUCUACGGACUCACAUUAUUACUCGGAUUCAUCCAAGGCUUUAUCCUCGCCCCGUGGUACACCGCAACCCUAGAGCAGUACGGUCGCUUCCUUGUGAAUAAUCUUAUGGAGGUCAAGAUUAUGGAGUAUUUUGAUGAGCCUUUUGACAGUUGGGGGAAUGUCGCACCUGUAUUUCACAUACCACAAAUCAAGAACCCGCUCAAGUGGACUGCUCAAUUAGGAAUUGUCAGACCUGGGGACUCGGGUUCAGAGAAUGUGGAAGCACUGGCAACUCUGAGCGAUCUAUAUCGAAGAACGCGUCGCUAUUCGAGGGCACCGCAAUGGCAUCACUGGAUUUAUCUGUCAGCGCAGCAAGAGCCUUGGAGACAACCUGACGGCCCGGUUCUGCAUGACCCUUGGGAUAAAGCGUUCGUGGAGCUCUUGGAGUAUAGGGACAAGCAUGAUACCAUGGGGCGAUCAAACUUCCUUUAUGUAUCAUGCCCAAAGAACUUUCUCUGCGGAUCCUGGCGCGUUACUGCUCCGGCACUGCUGCACUUCACUACCGAGGGGAAGAAAAGCCGAGCGUCUAAGAGAUCACCUGAGCUGCCAAAUCAUGCAUCUGUUAACGUACGAGUGUUCGAACUACCCCUACGCGAAACAGCCAUACCCGGUGUCUUCCCAAGCCAUUUUGAGCAGAUGAGGUCUCUCACGGCAAGCAACUCAACCUUCUGGGGAACAAAAGAUACAUACUCCCAUUUCGAUCAAGUUCUUGGCCAAGCAGUUCCAAUGCUCAGGGAAGUAGAAAAAGCAUAUCCGUGGACCUACGGCUUGCUGGUCAAGGCGGAAGACAAAUGGACGCACCUAUGGGCGAUGGAAGAUACAGCCCUGCUAAUGAUUGUCCGUAUACUGUCUAUUGCGUCUUCUGCAGUUCCAACAUACCUUUUCAAGUUCGCCUCGCUACGCUGGUCAGACAGUCCGGGGCCUGGACCAGAGCAUAAGAGCAAAGAUCCCCUGGCGCAAACGCUUCAAAGCUUGGUAGAUAUUUUGAGCGAGGAAGAUAAAGAGAAGUUUAGAAAGACGGAUCGUGGUAGAAGAAUAUUGGCAUUGGCAGAGUCAGGGCUUGAGAGGGAUGAGUGGAAUACUAGGGAAGAAGUUCUCAAGGAUAUAUCUGAUGCGAUGGGGUUAGAUGAGCAUGAACAGAUAGAGGAUUUGUGA